AUGGCAGUAAAAUCCCUUGAAUCUGCACUGGACACCAGUGGUCUCGCAGAUGAGCAAAGGGACUUGAUUGACCUCAUUGCAAAAUUACAAUUUGCACAACUUGACAAUGUCAAGCUCCCCCAGAUCGUCGUCGUCGGCGAUCAAUCAGCCGGCAAAUCCUCCGUCCUGGAGGCCAUAACCGGCACACCAUUCCCAAGGGAUAGCGGUGCAUGCACUCGCUUCGCUACCGAGAUCCGUCUGCGCCGGGCCCCGGAACGCUCCCUCAAGGUUACCAUCAUCCCGGACAAGACGCGGCCCUACCGCGACCAGGAGGCCCUCUUGCGGUUCGGCGGCACCGUUGACGCCAACACUCCUUUUGACACCCUGAUGCGCCUCGCCGUGGAGCUGAUCGCCCCAAAGAACAUCCCCGGCAGAUUUGCCGCCCGAGAUAUCCUGGUCGUGGAAAAGAUGGGCCCGGAAAUGCCGCUGCUGACGCUUGUCGACUUGCCUGGUCUGGUCAGGAACGCCAACAACGACCAGAGUUUGGAGGAUAUUCGGACGAUCGAGGCUCUGUCGGAUCGCUACAUGAAGAGCUCGAGAACCAUAAUCCUGGCCGUCGUCGGAGGCAAUUCGGAUUAUGUGCAGGCGCCCAUCCUGACCAAAGUGCGUCAGUUCGACCCCAACGGCAACAGGACUCUCGGCGUCCUCACCAAGCCAGACCUGACAGAGUCCAUAGGUCUCGAGGACAAGUUCAUCGACCUGGUGUCGAACAAGGAUGGCAGGAACCACUUCAAACUGGGCUGGUACUGUGUUUUGAACGCGGGGCCGAGGGAAGCCGGUCAGCCAUGGCCGAGCGCCCAGGAACGGAGAGAGCGUGAACAGGCUUUUUUCACAAGGGGAAAGUGGGCAGCCAUACCGGAGCAGAUGCGCGGCGUCGAUGCACUCAAGAGGAAACUCAGUGAGCAAUUGCAGAGGCACAUAGGCCGACAUCUCGGUGGCCUGCGGCGGCAGAUCCAGACGGCACUGGAUAACUGCGAGUCGGAGCUUAGGCAACUCGGAGAGGGCAAGGACACGCCCGAGGAGAUGAAGAUAGAGCUUGUUGAACUCUUUUCUUCUUCCAAAGAGCUGGUCAUACCAGCUUUGUUGGGUUUCUACAAGAAUCCUCCCAAGAAGACAUUCUUCCGCUCUACGGCAGAUCCGAACGGCACGCCAGCAUCAAACCUCAGGGCGAGAGCCAUUGAAGAGAACGAACGCUUCUCCAACAGAGUGCGAUCUCAAGGUCGAAAAUUCAGCUUCGCCGCCAACAGCAACCACCAAGCAAACAACUCCAACACCGACCCCAACAACUCAAACCCGCACAACCCGCCCGACUCAGCCGCCAAGCGUGCAUUUGUCGAGCGGGAAGUGCAGCCCCUCCUCCGGCAGAUCCGCGGUUCCGAGUUCCCCAUGGACCCCAAGCCACGGGCCGUGUACAUGCUGUACCAAAACUUCUCGGAGAACUGGUCGCGGCUGGCGCAGGAGCACAAGGAUAACCUCUCCGUGGUGUGCUCCGAGUUCAUCGCCGAGCUGCUCGACUACGCGUGGCCGCGGCGCAUGCGGCAGCCGCUCAUGCGCGCCUUUGUCGAGCCGCAGAUGCGCGCGCUCAUGGACAAGGCCCAGGCCGAGCUCGAGCUGCUGACGCAGGACAUGCACCUCGAGAUCCAGCCGUACGACCCGGAGUACGAGGAGCGCCUGCGCAAGUGGCACUCGGACGUGGCCGCCCGCGACGAGAGCGGCAGGGCCACCUACACCGAGGCGGAGGAGGUUCUGGAGAAGAUGCUCAUCUACUACGAGCUCUCGGCCAAGACCUUCAUCCGCAACGUCAUCACGCAGGUGGUGGAGCGUCACCUGCUCGGCGGCAUGUACACGCUCUUCAACGCCAUCGAGGUCCUCAACAUGGACAACGAGACGGUCGAGGCUAUCGCGGCCGAGAACAGAGAGACCCGCGACCGCCGCCAGACCCUCAAGCAGCAGAAGAAGGCCAUCGAGGAGGCCAAGUCGUUGUGCUCGUCGCUGGCCAUGCGCAAGGAACUGAGGGUCUACGCCGAGGAAGAGAUGGACAUGGGAGGAGAUAGCAGCGACGAGGAGGACGGGACCCAAAACGUGCGAACACCCACGACGCCGAGGGCACCGGCGAUGGAGAGCUCGGGCAACUACAACAACGCGCAACACGCCAGCCCGGAGUCGUCCAAGCAAAAGCAACGCAGCUCGCGCCAGGAGCAGUACGUCCCUGCCCGUCAGGAGGCCUCCACAGCAACGCCGACUUCGUACACGAACGCGCAUCGACCUGUCUCUCAGCAGCAGGUGAGGCCGUCUGAGCCCUCGGCAGAGGAGUACCAUGUCGCCACGUCCAGGAAUCCCCCAUCGCAAGCGCCGCCGCCGCCACCCCGGCCCGACAAGAUCAGGAGCGCCACGGACAACGACGCGGACAGCUCCGGAUACUACCGCGGCAGCACGAACGGGUACACCAACGGCGGCACUGAUGCUCAUCCUUCGCCCAUGGUGUCGGAGACAUCUUCGGAUUAUAUGCAGCAGGGAGCCGCGAGGAGGAAUAACCCCAUGAGGAAGAUUCUUGGGCGCGGCUGA